AUGGCGGUCGCCACGCCACCAGAGAAAAGAAUGGCCAAGAGAGAAAAACCUUUCCCCUUCCAGGGCAAUGGUGGCAGCGACAGGCCUCGAGGCCCGGAACAAGUGAAGCUCUCGCGAGACUUCCGAGGGCGGGUCUUUUGCACCUCACCAGCAUCCGGACCAGGUCUGUCUCGUCUCGGUCUCGCGGGAUUUCGCCCCUCCCGCCCUGUGAAGAGGCCGAGAGCAGCCUGUAUCCCGCGCAGGCGCCGUCGAGGUACGUGGAAAGAGACCUCUCGUCGUUCCGCUGGCUCGGGCCGUCGGGCCGUGCAACUGCUUCCAAUGUCUGAUAACGUCAGCGGCGCGUCUGGCUUCCCAGACCCAGCGGCCCAGAGCCUGUCUGCAGGCCCCGAGGGCCAGGCUGGAGCGGAGGCGACGAGGGAGAACCCGAAUGGCGAAGCGGGCCGGGCCGAGACCAGUCAUGGCGGCAAUGGCGGCGCUCCGGCCGCCCCCCCGCCGCCAGGCCCAGGCCGAGAACGGCCAGGACCCCCCCAGCGGGGUCCCUCGGUGCAGGCCCCGCUGAGAGACCACGACUACGAUGACAGCCCAUCUCGUUAUUACAUGGCGGAGCGCGACAACGAGGACGCCGCAGGAGGCGGCGCGCGACUUCCGGUACGUGGGUCGAACAGCGAGAGGAGGCGGUUGGAGGAGGACGCAGCCCUGGAGUCGUGGGUGGCGUCCGAGGUUUCUCCCCUCCCUCGGCCGCGCUGGCGCGUCGUCACGGCCCUGCGCGACCGGCAGCUGGGCUCCAGGGCCUGCUUUGUCUCCGAGGCCUGCGGGGCCCGAGCGCUGGUGCAGCGCUUCCGGCUGCACUGUGAGCUGAGAGGCCAUCAUGGCUGCGUCAAUUCGGUGCAGUUUAACGAGAGCGGCACCUGGCUGCUGAGCGGCAGUGAUGAUCAGAGAGUGAUCAUUUGGGACUGGGUGCGCCAGCGGCCCCUGCUGAACUUUGAAAGUGGCCUUCGCAGUAAUGUCUUUAAUGCCAAGUUUCUCUCCGAUUGUGGCGACACCGCCCUGGCUCUCUGUGGCCGCGACGGACAAAUCCGGGUGGUAGAGAUUAGUUCCACCCCAACCUGCCAAAAUAACAAGCGUGUGGCCCAGCACUGGGGAGCAGCCCACGAGCUGGCAGUCAUGCCGUACUGCCCGUACAGGUUUCUCACGUCGGGUGAAGACGGCACUGUCUUUGAUAUCGAUCUCCGGCGUCACCAGCCGGCUUCCAAAGUGGUCGUGACCAAGGAGAAUGAGAGUAAAGUGGGGCUCUAUACGAUCUCCGUGAAUCCUGCCAAUAUUCACCAGUUUGCAGUGGGCGGGCAGGAUCAGUUUGUUAGAAUCUAUGACCAGAGGAAAAUUGACAUGACUGUGAAUAACGGUGUCUUUAAGAAAUUCUGUCCUCAGCACUUGAUCAUGAGUGAUUUGCUACCAAACAUCACCAGCGUGGUGUACAGCCAUGAUGGCGCCGAGCUUCUAGCCAGUUACAACGAUGAAGAUAUUUAUCUCUUUGAUCCUUCCAGCUGCAAUGGAACCCAGUACAUGAGGCGAUACAAAGGUCAUAGAAAUACUGCCUCAGUUAAAGGUGUCAAUUUCUAUGGUCCCAGAAGUCAGUUUAUCCUGAGUGGAAGUGAUUGUGGACAUAUAUUUCUCUGGGAUAAGUCAUCUAGCCAGGUUGUUCAGUGUAUGGAGGGGGACCAAGAAGGUAGCAUUAACUGCCUUGAUCCCCACCCUCACCUACCUAUAAUAGCGUCCUGUGGACUAGACUAUGAAGCCAAGAUCUGGGCACCCUCCCGCAUAAUUACCACUCAUCCUGAUAGUAUAAAGGCAGUGAUGAAAAAGAAUAAGCAAGAACGAAAUGAAGAUAGCAAUCAACACACUCAUCUUUUUAACAACAACACGGUUUGGUUCCUGAUGAGUCACUUGACACCCAGAUUUUAUCGUUUUGGUGGUCGUCAUCAUGGGGAAGUUUAUGGAGCUCAAGUUGGAAGUUCAGAGUCUGAGGAAUCCUCCAAUACAUCUAAUACAUCUGAAGAAGAAGUUCAAGAUCCUACGCCGUGCCUACCAUCUUAA